AUGUUAGAAAUACGAAUUUAUUGUAAAUUUUUACCACUAAAUUUUGAUCAUUUGGAAAAUUUUAUCUCACCUACUGAUUAUUUACCAUUGAAUAAUAAUCAAAAAGCUAUUGAAAUAAAAAAUAAACAUUAUAAAAUUAUACAAGAAGCAAAACGUCAAUGGUUAAAUUAUUUCUUAAAUAUUUAUGAAAUAAAAAUACAAGAAUAUGAACAACAAUAUCAAAAUGAAUUCAUUCAAUUGGAAUCACUCUUCUCAAAUAAUAAUGAUAAAACUAUGUUAAAUAAUAUUAAGGAACACAUCAAUAAUCGAAUAAAUAGAUUAAAAAAAGAUAUUUAUGAUAAAAUGGCAUCUUUUCGAAAAAUAAUACUUCAAAAUCGUCAACGUUCAUCAUCAACAAAAAAUGUUAUUGGUCCAUCUUAUAUAAGAGUGAAUCAAAGUGCCAUUCGUCCAAAAUGUCAACAAGAAACUGAAAUAAAAAAUCAACAUAAAGAUAUUUAUUCAAAAGUUGAAAAUAAUCUCACCGGAUAUCCUCAUCUUAUACCACGAAACAAUACAAUUUUUAAACAAUAUUCAGAUCAUUUACUUGAUUAUCUUAAUCAAAGUUAUUUUACUCCAUUAUCAUAUAAAGAUCAACUAAUAAGCCACGAACAAGCACAAAUUCUUGGAUCAAUUCGACGAAUAAUUCAAAAUAGGAAUCUUAUCCUUUUCCCCGACACAAAUGCUUUCAUAGAAUCGUCUUGCAAUCCAUUCAAUGAAAUAUUAGAUAAAGUUAUACAAUUACUCAAUACACUUCGUGGAAAAGAUCUUAUUCGUAAAUGGCAAUAUGAACAAAUGAUGCCUGAUCGAACAACAUGUAAAUUAGCUCAUUUAUAUUUUAAUCCUAAAACACAUAAGGAUGGUAUACCAGUUCGACCAAUUCAAAGUACUAUUCAUGCUUCAACUACAAAAAUUUCAAAAUUUUUAGACAAAAUUUUACGACCUAUAUUUGAUGCUAAAAGCAAUGAUACAACUAUUAUUGAUGGUGCUUCUUUAAUUACUGAACUUUCAAAAUAUAACAAAAAAGGCCUGUUAAAGUCAACAACUCUUUUUUGUACAUUUGAUAUUCGCAAUUUAUAUACAAUAUUACCACAAGAAGAAACAUUAGAUACCCUCAUGGCAUUUCUUCAUGCUCAUGGUUAUAGAAAAGUGAAAGGAAUUAGUAUUGAUACAAUAAAAAGAUUAGCUUCAAUUAUUCUCCAAGAUAAUGUUUUUGCUUAUGGUAAAAAAAUUUAUAAACAAACAACUGGUGGUGCUAUGGGUUCAUCGUUGACAUUAACUUUGGCUAAUAUUUUUAUGUCAAAUUGGCAAAAAAAUAUUGUUGAAGAACAAACCAAGACAGGUGAAUUUUAUGGACGAUAUAUUGAUGAUAUUUUUAUGACUUGGAAUAGAUCUGAAGAAGAAUUAAGAAAAUUAUUAGAUGAUGUGAAUGCAUGGCAUCCAAAUAUUAAAUUAGAUUAUAAAAUUAGCAAUAGUCUUCCAUUUCUUGAUGUACAGCUUACAAAUAAUAAUGGCAUACUAUCUACAUGUGUCUAUCAUAAGCCUUCAGCUGAACCAUAUGUUACACCAUUUAUAUCUGAUCAUCCUCGACAUGUUUUUUCGAAUAUAAUCAAAAAUUUUAUUGAACGUGCAACAAGAUAUUCAUCAAAAUUUGAAGCAUUUAAUUGUGAACGACGUUACAUUAAAUUGAUGUUAUUAUAUAAUGGUUAUCCAUCAACAUUUAUUGAAAACGAAUUUCACAAAUACUUUUCGGAAUAUAUAUCAAAAUCACCAUUUCUACCAUUAAUUGAUGACGAACAGAAAUAUUUUCUUAUGCGAAAACAAAUAUUAGGUCAACCAACACCUCGACAAACACAAGUGGCACUGAGUGCAGCAUUGGCUGACAUUGAUAACGAUCCACUAGAUGAUGAUGAGAGACAACAACCGAACCCAGACCCAAAAAAAUCUGAAGAAAAAAACGUAAACAUCAACGAAAAAUUCUUUACCCAUUAUACAUAUGAAAAGCGUUUCAAAACAUGCAAACGAGAUAUGCAUCAAGUAGACCACGAUACAUUCAAAGAUACACCAGCAAUGUACACAAAAUUAAUCGUAGGCAACCGCAUCCGUCGUCAAGCACACAAUGAGCUCAUACGCAAACGACCAAACCAAGCAUUGUUACAAAAUAAAAAAAUACCCAAAAACAAUAGUGUGAAAAGAAAAUAUGUUGUUCAUGCCGAUGGCAUUACCCUACCGAAUGUAAUUNCGGAAUAUAUAUCAAAAUCACCAUUUCUACCAUUAAUUGAUGACGAACAUAAAUAUUUUCUUAUGCGAAAAGAAAUUUUAGGUCUAUCAACACCUCGACAAUCACAAGUGGCAAUGAGUGCAGCACUGGCUGACAUCGACAACGAUCCACCAGAUGAUGAUGAGAGACAACAACCAGACCAAAACAAAAAAAACCUGAAGAAAAAAUCUCAAAUUAUAAUGAAAAAUUCUUUACUCAUUUUACCUAUGAAAAACGUUUCGAAACAUGCAAACGAGAUAUGCAUCAAGUAUACAAUCAUGCAUUUAAAGAUACACCAGCAAUGUAUACAAAACAAAUCGUUGGCAACCGUAUCCGGCGUCCUGCACACAAUGAACUAA